AUGAAUAUUUCUUUAAGCGAAUUUGAAGAUGAGGAAUUCAAUGAUUUAUAUGAAAAAUUUUCAGAAUCAGCCUAAUAAUUGACUACAGCACCAGACGAAAUUAUGUUUAUCGAUGAUUUAGUGUUGAGCGUGCACAUUACUUAUGAUGAUGUGUUGAAAUUGAACAAUGAUGGAAAAAUGAAUUUUAAAAGCAUGAUCUACUUUAUCAAUUAUCUCUAAAAGCGUUCUAAAACAGUCCAUUAGUAUUACUUAGCCUAUUAAAGACAAAUGUUAGAUCUUGUAGAAUAAUUGAAUCCUUUAUUAAGAAAAAAUCAGUAAAAGGGAGAUCCUAUUAACUACAUUCUUAUAUUCUAUUGGAAUGACAGAUGGGUGACUGGAAUUUAUAAUUUAAAAACAACUAUUUUAGAUAUCGUGGACCUCUAGAAAAAUAAGACGAAGGAUGAAUUAAAAAAAACAUAUGAGCAGUUAUUAAAAAAAACAGGGUUGGCUAAGGUGUCAUUUAAGACAGUGAAUUAUGUAUAUUAGGAAGAUAAAACAACUGAUGGAGGGAUGUAUAUCAUAAAUUAUCUGUAUUAAACAAUAGUUAAAGGGCAGUCAUUUGUAAAAUUGUAGCCGAAUGAUAAGGUAAAAUUGAAAAGUCUAUUGCUAUGGUUAUUUUUUAGAGGUGAAAAAUCAUAGCAUGUUGAUUAUCCUCCAUUACCAGCAUUAGCUUAAUGGAAUGAAAAUGAAAUUAAAUAAUAUUAGAAUACUAAUCUAGAGCCAUUUCUUACUGGAUAUUGGACAGGAAUUGAAGUAUAAUAGGCUGAUUUUGAAUUAUUGUAAAAAUCUGGAAAAUCAAAGCCUCACAUGAUUGCUUUUUGGUUAUCAUAUCUAAAUUAUUUUGACUUAUUGAGUAAAACACCUCUAAUCCCUUUUUUUGUAGUAGCAAAUGGAGAUGAAAUCCGCGAAGAAUUCGAAGUAAUUUUUAAACCAAGGAGAAGAUAAGGUGCUGAAAAUCAUAGAUUGAUCAUUUUGUAGUAUAUCAAAAAUACGAGAUGGGUGUUUGCCAUUUAUCACAUGAUUUAAAAGACUUUGGAUAUCAUAGAUCUUCAAAAUAAAAAUGUCACUAAGGAUGAAUUGAAAAAUUCCUUUGAUAAAUUGAUAUCAUCUUUAGUAACGUACAGUAAUCCAGCACCAAAUUAUAUAUUUUAAAGUUAUACAGAUAGUUCAGAUGGAACUGAGUAUGUUAUUAAUUGGCUUUGGUAAUAUACUUAAGGGAUUCUACCAGAUAAAAUAAAAUUUGGUUUUUCAGAGAAAAGGUAACUGAGAUCAAAGCUUGUUUGGGCUUUAAUUAAGAUGUAAUAAACUGUUGUUUCAAGUUAAAAAUCAAUAUAAAUAGCCUCAAAAAAGAAGAUAACUAUUCCACAAAUAGCCUAAACCCCACAAGCACAACCCCAAUAAAGUGAGGUUUAAAAUACGCCAUCUUAAGCUGGUGGUAAUAGAUUUGGUCGAUUUAGAAAUAACACUAGUACUAAUAACGAUUCACCGCAAUAGAAAUCUAAUAAAAACAUAGAGGAAUAAACUCCUUAAUAAAAAAAGACAUUUGUCAGUUCAUUUCGAAAUAGGUCAUAAAUAGCUUCUUAAUAAUCACCUAUGAAUUCUCCAUAGAAAUCUGUUGCUUCUGAUUAAAAGUCUGAAUAAUAAGAACCAAUUUCAAAAAAGUCAUCUUUAUUUAGUAAAAGCAAACCUUAAUCAGAUUAGUCACCUAAAUCCUAAACAAGUGAGACUUCAAUUUAAUUGGCAAAACCAGCCUCCAGGACUUUCACUGGAAAAAAAACAGUCUUAUAAUCUGGAACUAAAGUAGGUACAACAAAAAAUAGUUCUGCUCUUCUUAAAUAAGAGCCAAUUAUUGAAACAUAGAGAAGUGAAGAAUAUGAUGAAGAUGAAUUUUCAGACUUAUUUAAUAAAAAGAAAAAAUCAAUAGAUAAUCCAUAGUAAUAUAUGGACAAUUAGGAUAGAUUAGCCAAGAUCUAAGAAGAACUGACUGAGUAUUAUCAUGAAUUAAUUAAUGAUGAUGUCGAUAAAGAUUUAGAAAUUUAAAAGUUACAAGAAGUAUUUAGAAUUAAUGGGAAAAUAAAGCAAUAUUUAGAAUAACGCAAAAAGAUGACAAUUGAUGAAGUAUUAGAUACUGUAUAAAAUAAGAGCACUAUUAAUUAAAGCGCUGUUUAUAACUCUAACUUAUAAAAUUAUAGCACAAUAUUACAUGAUGAUCAAUCAAUUCUAAGAAUGAUUAAUGAGAUGAUUUAAGGAGAAGAAAAUGAAGAAUCUCUUUAAAAUACGCUUUUAAGAAGAUAAGAUUACGUGAAGAAAUAAAUGGAAUAAAUGGAUGUAAGUACUCCAAAUGUAGAUUAUGAAUUUCCAAAAUUAAAAGAAGAAAGCACUUUAAAAAACCAAUCAAUCAAUUUGCCAACCAUAAGAAGACAAACUUCAGAAUUCUUUCAAAAAAGCAAUAUAACUGCCAAAAGAUAUGGAAUGAAAUUAGAGGUACCAAUGAUGUAACAAUUUUAUAAAGAUGGUAAAGUAAACAAUUUGAUCUUUAAUUUUUUACUCAAAUUUUUCGAAGAAAAGUCCUUUCAUCAAAGAAAAAACAAUAAUGUAUUUCAUCAUUAUAGCACUAAUGUUAAAUUGUUUCCAACUUAAUUUUAUUAAACAUUAUGUUUCAAUUUAAUCCAUUCCACUUUUAGAAUUAAUUAUUUCGAGGCUAAUUAAUUUACAUUUGAAUAUACAGGGUAAGAUGAAACUAUUUUUGAUAUUUUCGAUUGGUUAGUUGUCCCUAUUGUUGAAUAUCCUACUGAAUAUUCAAUAGUUUUUGUCAAUCUAAAACGAAAGACAUGCUAUUGUUAUUUACUAUCAUCACUGUCUUUAAGAAUUAAGGAUCCGCAAUAUAUAAAUCCAGAAAAGAAUCCAUAUAUGAAGAAUGUGAUUUCAUUUCUGUAAUAUGAAUUUGAAAUCAAAUUGAAGAAACCCAGAGAAGAAUUGGGUAGGUUUAGUUAUUUAUUUGGAGUUGUGAACGAUACUAAUAGUUUUGGUUAGAGUUUAAAUUAUGAUUAUAGUGGAUUGUAUGCAUUGUAUAUUAUUCUUCAUUUGGUUAAGCAUGGGCAUAACUCAGAAAUUGCAGUUGAUUAAUAUUAAAUUUAAGUUUUGAAAAAGGUCUUUCAUGAUUUAAUAGUUAAAAUUGGCUAUAAUGAAGAUGAUAAUUUAUUUCAUUUACUUGAAGAAAAUUAAUUUCCAUUUUGA